GCACUCAGCAUCUGUGGAUCACUAACUUUGCGCAUAUCAGCUCUGAACUCUGCUUUCCCUGUCUCAAAGUCAUAUAUAACUCUCUCCUUUUUAGCAGUUUGAAGCACAUUCGUCAUGUCUAGAGCUUUUUCGACCGCUCGUCAAAGUCUCGCGAAAUGGCUGGGGUACAAUAAAGAGCUACUGCCUAGUGACUUCAGGAAUGCCGCUGAGCGUUACUCCGAGAACGGUGCUGUGAAGAAAGUCGGCAAGAUCGAGUCCAUUGAGAUCUUCCAUAGGCAUCGCAACGACGGCAGCAGCCCUGUACACCAGUCUCACUUCAAUCGAAACGACAAGGCGCUGGUUAUCAGUGCCCGCAUUACACCGGCUGACGGUAGUCGACCUCGAACCCACCACAUCUAUGCAGAUGGUACUGGCACUAUCAAGAAAGGCGACAAGCGCGAGUAUUCGACGUCUUCCGGUCACAGAGCUUAAGCAUUGCCUCUAGAGAGAAUAUUUUCCAAUCACACAAGGCAAUAUGUUGACAACUCUGUGUGGUUAUGUUCUAGUAUGCUGGGAUCGGAGGGAGAGAGGUGAUCAUGUCUGUUUAGAAAUUUUGUAUUCUUAGCACUCUAUAUAUAUCGUCACAGUGGGCUAUUUGUGUGGGUUCUUGUCUUUCUUGGUGCUGUAGCUUGUCUAGGCACGCUACAGAGAAUAGA